AUGGCCCUGCUAACAGGGCUCCAGGACACUCAGAACGCACCCAAACCUCGACUAUCACGGAAGGAAGCGCAGAAGAAAGCACAAAGAAAUGCACAAAGAGACUUUCGAUUGAGGCAAAAAGCUCGAAGACAGGAGGAACAGAAGAAAAUCGCCGAACAAGUCAAGCAGAUUAAGGAAGAUCAGGACAGGCUUGAAGCACAAAGCAGAGAGCUUGAGAAGGAACAGCAGACCAGGCAAGAUUUAGAACAGCAAGUACGGCAGCUUAAGGGCGAAAUCGUGCAGUUUGGGCUGAGUGCCAAAAGAUGGGAGGAGAACUCUACGGUCCUGCAAGGAAUCGUGAAAGCCUUACAAGGGAGCGUCGGUCUUCUGAGUGGAGAGUCCCAUGCCAUAUGCCGCAAUGACAAUAAAUCAAGCGCAGGAAGUAUGACUCUUGGCCCCUCUAUCAGUCAAUCGGGCCCUAAGACUCAAGUUUCUCCCCGCAACUUCCCCAUCCUUUCGAAUCUCAACAGUAAGUAA